AUGGCGCUAAACUUGCAGUCUUCCAUAUGCCUUCCUCAUGAGAAGAUCUGCCACAUUUCCAGCCCUGAAGAGCAUUUAGUGGAGCUUUACGGACUGUACUGUGUCAGUGAAGAUCUUAGCCUGGUCAUUUGUUGGGAACUGACGUAUACCAAAUUUCAUGAAGCUGCAUCUUUUAUCUCCUUCAUUCAAUCUGAAUGGCUAAACUCAGAUGGUGCAGUAGCUGAAACUGAGAAAAAGAUUAUAGAGGCUUUUGAGGUGUUUGACCACGAAUGCAAUAAAACUGUGGAUGUCAGAGAGAUUGGUUCAAUUGUCAGAUCACUGGGUUGCUUUCCAACUGAGGCAGAACUACAUGAACUGCUUGCAAAGGUAGAAGAAGAAGAACCAACUGGAUACAUUAAUCUGGAAAAAUUUCUUCCAGUGAUGACAAAAGUACUACUUGACAGAAGCUACCAGCCUAUUCCAGAAGAUGUUCUUCUACAUGCAUUUGAGGCGUUGGAUGAGAAUAAAUGUGGAUAUAUUACUAAAGAGGAGCUGGUCAAAUAUUUGACUGAAGAAGGUGAGCCCUUUACUCAGGAAGAAAUGGAAGACAUGCUGUCCACUGCUCUAGAUCCAGAAACAAAUACUAUUCACUACAGAGACUACAUUUCAAUGAUGAUAGUAGAUGAAACUAAGAUCUUCCCCUUUAGUGUUUGAGAUCCCUUUUGGUAACAACAGUGUAGCUUGGCAGUUAGUUGAAGUAUGUAUUUUAAAGUAUAACAAAGCUCAGCUUGUGACUUUGUGCUUAUAAUUAAAAUAAAAUCUGUGUAGCUAUAUUUUCUUGGGUUCUGUAUACAUAUUGAAAUGUAUUCACACCUGGAAAAAGAGCUCUUGACAGAAAUACUGUAUAAGGUCUGGAAAAGAAAUCAUGGAAUUUGGUUUGGAAAUAACAGGAAAAAUAAUGUUAAUGGAAUCAAGAAAUGACUUUACAAUUGCUUCUGAAAAACUAAUGGAAAAUGAGACCUGUGAAAGUGGGUAAUAAGUAGGUAAGUGAAUACCUUAAAAGGACUAAAAUUGUGAAGGCAUGCUACUAAGAUAGAGCUUUUAUAUUUAAAUGUGAUCCCUGUUUGUGUUUAAUAAGGCAUCAGGUAGGUUACUCCUUCUGAAAUAAUACAAUAGAUCAAAUAAACUCUCUACAGUUUCUCGGUUUUGUCAAAUAUUUGUGUUUUGUUUACCAUAGGCAAUUAAACUGGACCAGUUAGUUCCAUUUUAUGCUACUGAUCCACUGGCACGUGAUACUUUGUUUCAAUUUUAAACAUGCAGGUAGCAUUCAAACCAUUGCCAUAGUUAAAUUUACAGAGUAAUCCUUGACAACAUUUUUGUUUCUGUAGGCAAUAAACAGUUCCCCUUUCAUAACCAAUUUGAAAGUCAGGAGCUUAAAUUGAAUUGUUCAAAACUUAGGAUCAUAAGACUGGAAUUUGAUUUUCGUAAACUGAUGAAGCACCAUUUUUUGUAAGAUGUUAGUGUAGAAUAUGUGUCUCAACUAUCCUUGCUAGAAGACCACCACAGACCUCAUUGCUCUCCUCACUUCUAGCUUAAUCAUUUUCUUGACUGCUACUGUACUGUUGUCCUUUAACUUGAGUUGAAGUUCUUUUCCCAUGAGUUCUUGCCUUGUACAUCAUCUUCUAAAAAGUGACCAGCAGUUCUCAACUGAUGACAUCUCAGCUUGUAGGAAAAGGUGCUGUGGUCUGGUCCUCAAUGGAACCAUCUUGCACUUUGUGUUCCACACCUUCCACCCCCUUUCUGUUUUUCUACUCCCUAUCAAGUUUGGUUUCCUCCUGUACAGUGCCCUACCACUCCUCUGUCUUAACUGCAUAUCCCAGCUGUGUGUCAUCAGUGGACUUCAUAGGCUGAUGAAAUCUGGGGAAGAGUGACACACCGAGGCAUUGAAUGCCUUACCCCCUGUCAUGCCCUUCUAGUGGCAGAGCUGAGAACAGAGUGCAGGGCUUCUUAUGUCAGGUCUUUUGCUCUACCCAUGUGUUUCACUUGAGCUGGAAGCUCAGAGGGCUGUUUUUAUAUGUAGUUGCAAGGGAGCUGCUGUGCUUCACAGAGAUUAGCACAAUCUAAAUGUGCUGAUAGAAGCAAUCUGAAAGAGACCAUUCUUUAAUUCUCUUUUUACUUUUCUAAUCCCAAGCUGUCUUUCACUGAUACUUUCUUAAACAGUAAGGCAACAAAGAGUUAAUGCAGGUAAACAACAUUGUUCUAAGCUGGGUUUCCAUCUGGGAACCACUGUUGCACUGGUCCUAAGACUCUGCAAUGCACUCUUGUUAUCACAUUUACCAUGUAUUUGAUUUCUUUGUCACUAAGAAUGAAAACCGAAGGUAAUCAUUAGUGUUAUGUGAAAAAGAACCAGUUUCUGAAGAUUAAAACAAGAGCAAUAAAAGCCCAUUAAGAAAAAAUACUUUUAUUAGUUGUCUUCAGUCUCUCUUUGGAAGCUGAACUUAUUUUCCCUAGAUGAAUCCUCCUGUUUGAUAUGCGGUGUGUUGUACUGGAUUUCUAACCCAGCUAGCAUGAAUAUAGGUUUCAUUUAUAUUCUGCAGUCUUGGAGCCACUGUCAGCCUCAUCUUGGAUGUCAGCAGGAAGAUGCUUAUUUCAGAAAAUCAUUUCAUAGCUUGCAGUGCUCCAGAGAGAGCACAAUUUGUUUCUAGUGGUGCUACCCCAGAGACCACCUCAGCUACUGCUGUGUCAAAUCAGGAUGCCCAUAUACAACACUCUUACAAUUCAUAGUGCAGAUAGGUUCUUAACAUAUA